UUUAUUAUUGUCUUCACGCCUUUGACCUCUUCUUGUUAUAGCUUUCCACAUAUUUUCCUCCAUAAAACCUCUCCGAAUCCAUCGCUUCCACUUUAUAGUUUUUGUUAAUUUUGUUAAUCUCUCAUUAAAUUCUUUUACUCUGUUCCAUCCCCUUCGACAAAUGAAGAUGGAAUCAGCUGAGAUUUCCAAUGGAAUCUCAGAAAAUACCCACAAUCCUUCUCCAGAUAAUAUUUCAAAUUCAAAUGAAGAGGCCGUUGAAAAUUCAAUUCAAAGUAAAAGUGAUUCAGUGGGGAUCAUCCAACCUCAUUCACACCUUCCAAAGCCUGAACCUCCUCCUGGCCUUUCACCAGAAUCGCCUCCUGCUCCUCAAGUUACAGAGAAUUCAAUCAUGCACUUGCCUACAAUCGGUAAAUUUAUCCGUGAACGAAGCAACAACUUCUCUGCUGCAAUCGCCAGAAAAAUCUCUUCUAUCAAAGAAAACAUCGAUGAAGACGCAUGGUCAGAAACUGCAACGAACAAAUCCGACGAGGUAACUCAGUUCAACCUCUCUGGACUCAAAGUUAUAGUAAAGCUUAAGAACGAAGAUGAAGAUGACAAUAUAAAUAUAAACGGCCAUGAUAUAAAAGGCCGCAUAAGCUUCUUUUCAAGAUCCAACUGCAGAGAUAGCACAGCUGUUCGGACUUUUUUUAGACAAAAAAGAUUGAAAUUCGUUGAAAUUAACAUCGACGUCUAUCCAAAACGAGAAAAAGAGUUGAUUCAAAGAACAGGAUCUUCUCAGGUGCCGCAGAUAUUCUGCAACGAUAAGCUGUUUGGAGGCUUGGUGGCUUUGAAUUCUCUGAGGAACAGUGGGAAUUUUGACCAGCGUUUUAGGGAAAUGCUAGGGAAGAAAUGUUCCAGUGAUGCACCUGCACCACCCGUCUAUGGUUUUGAUGAUGAUCAUGAUGAUGAAUCCAUGGAUGAUUUGCUCGAUAUUAUCAGAGUGUUAAGACAAAAGUUGCCAAUUCAGGACCGUCUGAUGAAGAUGAAGAUUGUCAAGAACUGCUUUGCUGGAAGCGAGAUGGUGGAGGUGUUGCUCCACCACCUGGAUUGCAGCAGGAGCAAGGGUAUUGAGAUUGGAAAGCAACUGAGCAAGAAGCAUUUUAUCCAUCAUGUUUUCGGAGAAAAAGAUUUUGAAGAUGGAAACCAUUUCUAUCGUUUCCUAGAGCAUGAACCCUAUAUUCCAAAAUGCUAUAAUUUUAGAGGAUGCACAAAUGAUUUUGAGCCUAAGACUGCCAGUUUUGUUGCACAAAGACUAAACAAGAUAAUGUCUGCCAUACUUGAGUCUUACGCCUCUGAUGAUAGAUGCCAUGUUGAUUAUGUUGCCAUCAGCAAAAGUGAGGAAUUUCGAAGAUAUGUUAAUUUAGCUCAAGAUCUUCAAAGGGUGAACCUAUUUACACUUUCAGCAGAUGAGACAUUAGCCUUCUUCUUGAACUUGUACAAUGCCAUGGUAAUCCAUGCUAUAAUUAGGAUAGGUCACCCAGAGGGAGUAAUUGAAAGGAAAACCUUCUUCUCUGAUUUCCAAUAUGUAGUUGGAGGGUAUCCCUAUUCCUUGGGUACAAUAAAGAAUGGAAUCCUCAGAAUCAAUCGGAGGGAUACCUACUCCUUAGUGAAGCCCUUUGCCUCUGGAGACAAGCGCCUAGAGCUCGCUCCUGAGAAACUGAAUCCUUUAAUCCACUUUGGACUAUGCAAUGGAACAAAAUCAAGUCCCACUGUGAGGUUUUUCACAUCCCAGGGAGUUGAAGCUGAACUAAGAUUUGCCACAAGAGAAUUCUUUCAAAGGGGUGGAAUGGAAGUGAAUUUGGAUAAGAGGACGGUUUAUCUCACUCGGAUUACGAAGUGGUUCAGUUCGGAUUUUGCACAGGACAAAGGAAUCCUCAAGUGGGUAGUCAAAUAUCUGGAUGCAACCAGGGCUGGUCUCUUGACUCACCUGUUGAGCGAUGGGGGUCCCAUAAAUGUUGUAUACCAGAACUAUGAUUGGUCAAUCAAUUCCUACCCAUCAUUUGAAAAGUAUAGGGAAAAAAUAUAGUACUAGAGGUUGUGUUCGUUAUAAGGGAUAAUUCUGUAUAUAAGAUCUUCAAAGGUGAACACCUGGUGUCCUCAGUCAUGAGCAGCUGUUUUGAAAUGAAAAUAGAAUGGCUAAGAGUGAUUUAA